AUGAAGUUUUCCACAAUCUUCGCGUCUCUGGCGCUCAGCGCCGUGCAGAUCACGGCUGCUCCCGCACCCGAGCCGGCUCAGCUGGAGGCUCGCGCGCCCACUCUCUACCUCUGUGGCGACAGCACCAUGGCCCGCAGCAGCGACUCCCAGAUGGAUGGUUGGGGACAGUAUGUCUCCAAGUACCUGAACAUCGCCGUUGUCAACAGAGCCAUAGGCGGUCGUUCCUCUCGUUCAUUCUGGAACGAGGGCCGCUUCCAAAACGUUGCGAACGAAGUCAAGUCCGGAGACAUUGUCGUCAUCGAGUUCGGCCACAACGAUGUCGGCUCGCCCCGCUCCAACGACAACGGUCGCUCCGUUUGCCCUGGCGAGGGUACUGAGACUUGCGUCUCCGACACCACCGGCGAGACCGUGUACACCUUCGUUUUCUACGUCAUCCAGGCUGCCAAGCUCUUGAGAGCCAAGGGUGUUACCGUCAUCCUCAGCUCUCAAACUCCCAAGAACCAGUGGUCAACCGGCAGCUGGGUCGGCACUCCCUCUCGCUUCGUCGCUAUGCAGCUCAAGGCGAAGAACACUCUGGCCGACUCCGGUGUCACCUUUGUCGACCACCACCAGGCCGUCAGCAACAUGUACCGCAAGAUGGGAGCUACUGCUGUCAACGCUCUUUACAUCAAGGACAACACCCACACUAGCCCGGCUGGCGCCGACUUGAGCUCCCAGGCUUUUGUUCAGGCCAUCUCCCAGAACAUGAACGGCACCACCAGCUUGGCCGCUCAUGUCAAGACCCCGGUUAAGAUCGUUUACUAA